AUGAAAUAUUCAUGGAAUGUAGCAUGUGAAGUACUAAGGCUAAUCCCACCAGGACAAGGUGGCUUUAGAGAGACUGUCAAAGAUUUUAUCUACGCUGGAUUUAUUAUUCCAAAAGGAUGGAAGACGUUCUGGAAUCCGUAUUCAACACACAAGAAUCCCAAAUAUUUCACAGAACCAGAGAAGUUUGAUCCAUCAAGAUUCGAGGGAAAUGGACCUGCACCCUUCACCUUUGUGCCGUUUGGCGGCGGGCCGAGAAUGUGUCCGGGAAAAGAGUACACUCGACUAGAACUACUUGUGUUCAUGCACAAUGUUGUCACCAACUUCAAAUUGGAGAUAUUGAUGCCGGACGAGAAGAUAGUCUAUAGUAAUGGAGUGCCGAUUCCGGUCAAUGGCCUUCCUAUCAGAUUUAUACCCCAUUAG